AUGUCUUUGUCGAUGGCGCAGCUGCUGAGGGGCCUGACAGGUCUCACCCGGAGGCUCCCAGUGCAGUGUGCCCAGAUCCAUUCCAAGCCUCCGCGGGAGGAACUCGGGACCAUGGAUGUUGCCAUUGGGCUCACCUCCUGCUUCCUGUGUUUCCUUCUGCCAUCGGGCUGGGUCCUGUCGCAUCUGGAGAGCUGCAAGAAGCGGGAGUGAAGGGGGCUGUCCUGUCCCUCACCCUGUGACCUGACCACCCCUGGCCUCUCCUGAUCAUGUCUGCUGCAUCCCUGGCCGGUCUUCCCGGGAUCAUGUCCUUCAAUUACAAUGACCUCUUCUGCAGUCAUGACCUCUCCAUUUCUCCAUGGUGACAUCCUGGGACCACAUAUAUUGGUUUAUAAGGC